AUGAUGAAUAAUUUCAACAAGUUAGAUCCAGAGAUGAUUCAUACUCACAUCCUUCCGCGUCUCGACGGCACUACCUUAACUGUCUUAUCCUCUGUCUCCUCCGAAUUCCGUCACAUGAUCUCCAAAAACAAUGAACUAUGGAAGAACAUUUGCACCUCUACCUGGCCUUACUUACACCAUUGGAACCUCAGUCAAAUCAUCUCUACCUUCCCUCAUGGAUACUGUUCCUUCUUCUCCGAUGCAUUCCCUUCCCUUCAUCAUCAUCAUCAUCAUCAUAAUAGUAGUUAUAAUUUUCAGUCUCAGUCUCAAUCUCAAUGUAUUGAUCUUCCUCCCACGAAAGAUUUGAUCUACGCCAUUGAUAUAUAUCUCGAGGGAGAGGCAAAUCCUAUGCUUACAUCAUCAGUUCGAUCUCAAGAAAAAACUUUUCUUAGGUUGUACACCAAUAGAUCGCACACCGAUUCACAUGAUUAUUUUCAAGAGAAUUUCAGGUUGAAUUGGAUCGUCGUCGAUCCAACUGGAAAGCGUGCUGGAAGCUUGUGUCAUUCUAGUUGUAAACGGAUUCGGUUGAAGAAAGCUUAA